AUAAAAGUAAAUACAAUAAAUAUCCUUCUUUGUGAAGGGUCCCAACGAAGAAGUGAUUUUCUAUCAGUUACUUAGCAAUGGUUAAACACGUUACCAGCGGCAGCACUUGGGAAGUUCGUGUCAAAGAGGAAGAUGUUAAACAAGAAGUAAAAUUGACUCGCCGUCAAGUGAGUGCAAAAAACAAAGAUUUAAAUGAUCUGUUGAGAAGUUAUACUAGUUUACCUAUGUAUAAUUUCGAUUUUACAUUGCAGGGUCUCUAUGAUGGUGACAACAAAGCCGUUUUUGACCGAAUCAAGGAGAAUAUGUGUAGGUCACAAUACUUCAUUGAUAAUAUGCUGGAUCAGCAAGGUAAUUUCCUUCCUGGUAAGUAUUCUUGGUUCAAAAGUUUGUGUAGUAGCCGCUACACCACUUUGCGUAAGAAGUACUUCCGUGACCAGAAGCCAGCUAAGGAAAAACAAGCAGAUGCCAGUGCCCGCCGUGUUGAGAGCCGAAAGGCUAGAAAAUUUGAGAACCGGGUACAAACUUGGUCAACCUUUGGCUGCACUAUUGCCAAAGAGUUUAGCGUGCCUAUUCUGGAGGCGGAGAGCUUUAUACAGCUGGCAUACAUGUCUGAAGAGGAGGACGGUGAAUACCGUAACGGCAGCAAUCAAGCCAGAACGAUUGUUGUCAAGACCCCAUCUUGGAGAAGCAUUAAGCUUAACCAGCUUUUUGCCAAACUUGAUGAGGUCCGCCUCAAUAAUAAUCCCAGAACAGGCCUGUGCAAAAAGAGAGUCCACGAGGAGAUCCUGCAGGAUGUAUCUCCUUCAGAUAGAAGAUUCUUGCCCAGCUGGGGUUUUAAAUAA